AUGGCGGAGGAGGGAGCUGAACAAGGAUAUUUGCAGCCUCAAGCUUUGAAUGCAGAUGCUGAAGCCGCAGGUGGCUCGGACUCGGACGAUUAUGAUCCCUCUGAGACUAUUCAAGAGCAGUUUCCCGCAAAUAUAGCAGCUUCAAAUUACAAUAUGAUUCCUCAUAUGUCUCCUUUUGUCAACUCUUCCACCCCAACUCCUGCUCCGGGCUCUAGUCUGCCAGAGAAACAACUAGGGGAGAUCUAUAACAAUGAUUCUGCACUUUCGCUUCCCCCGUCCGGAGCAGAGUCCAAAGGCUCUGCUGCAAUAUCCCAAAUUGGUGUCUUUGAGGAGGGAUCAACUGGUGAUGAAGAUGCGGGGGACGCUGAGUACGAACCACCAGCUGCGGCCUUAUCAGCCCAAGUUCAGAAUUCAAUAUCUACUUCUGCAGACAUGUCUCAGCGCUCUCUUUCUGAAAAUAUAAAUGAACCUGUUUCACAUUUCCAUGUACAACAGCAAAAUAUUGCCUCAGAUCAAAACACUCCACAUGUUUCCAUUAAUUUUCCUGCUUCUGAUUCUCAUGUUGCUCAUUCAGCACACGACGAUAACACUCUUAAACCCAUGCAAGGAGAAUCAAAAUUACCAGGUCGAUCUGCCGUUCAGUCGGCCAACAGCUCCCUGCCUUCGACGCCGCCAGUCGCAGCCGCCUCAAGAAGUCGUCUUCCCCAUGAUCGCGUGGGCAUCCUGGAAGACAGAAUACAGGCCGAUCCGCGUGGCGAUACGGACGCAUGGCUAGAACUAAUUAAUGAGCAUCGCAGCAGAAACAAGCUUGAUAGUGCUAGACAGGUUUACGAGAGAUUUUUCAAAGUCUUCCCAUCGGCUGCCGAACAAUGGGUUGAAUACGCCACCAUGGAGUCCGAAAACAACGAACUGUACAAGUUGGAACAGAUAUUUACAAAAUGCCUAUUGUCAAUCCCUAAUGUUCAGCUGUGGUCGCUGUAUUUGGAUUACGUGCGUCGGCGUAAUAAUUUAACCACCGAUUCAAGCGGGGACGCAAGGCGUACUAUUACUUCGGCAUAUGACCUUGCUCUUCAGCAUAUUGGAAUCGACAAGGACUCCGGCAAUAUCUGGGUCGACUACAUCCAAUUCCUUCGGUCAGGGCCGGGGAAUAUUGGAGGUUCCGGAUGGCAGGAUCAACAGAAAAUGGACCUGCUGAGGAAGGCGUAUCAGCGGGCAAUUUGUAUUCCCACACAGGCAGUUAACACUCUUUGGAAAGAGUAUGAUCAAUUUGAGAUGGGUUUAAACAAGCUGACGGGACGUAAAUUUAUACAAGAUAAAUCUCCGUCAUACAUGACGGCGAGAAGCUCUUAUACUGAGCUCCAAAACAUCACCAAAGACCUUGUCAGACUAUCACUCCCACAGUUCCCCCCAGCCCCCGGGUAUGAAGGUGAUUAUUCUUUCUCGAAGCAAGUUGAAAUAUGGAAACGUUGGAUACAGUGGGAAAAGGAUGACCCUUUGGUUCUCAAGGAAGAAGACUUGGCUAGUUACAAACAACGGGUCAUAUAUGUCUAUAAGCAGGCCUUAAUGGCACUAAGAUUUGUGCCUGAAAUGUUUUUCGAUACUGCAGAUUUCUGCUUCCAGAACGGCAUGGAGACCGAAGGAAACGAUUUUCUGAAGCAGGGGAUAGAAGCGAACCCUGAGAGCUGCCUUCUUACCUUCAAGCGUGCUGAUCGGCUUGAAUUAUCCAGCGUCUCGGAACAGGAUCCCGUGAAACGCGGCGCCAGAGUCAGAGAGCCUUAUGACAAACUACUUGAUGCACUUUACGACUUGAUAACACAAACACGAGCCCAGGAGGCUACGGAUAUUGCUAGGCUGGAAGAACAAGCUGACCCGGAGCAGCCUGUACAGCUCGAGAACGACGACGACGAAGACGAGACAGACAACCCCCGGACCCAAGAAAGUGCCAAAGCAAAGGAAAUCGAGUCAGUGAAGAAAGAGUAUGCGGGGAAAAUUGGUCUUCUGUCCAAGGCUGUCUCGUUCGUCUGGAUAGCGUUGAUGCGAGCAAUGCGUCGUAUCCAAGGCAAAGGCAAGCCGGGAGAGAUUGCUGGGUCACGUCAGAUAUUUGCCGAUGCACGUAAGCGUGGGCGUAUCACCAGUGACGUUUAUAUUGCCAGUGCCUUGCUGGAGUAUCAUUGCUAUAAAGACCCUGCGGCAACCAAAAUUUUCGAAAGGGGGGCAAAGCUUUUCCCGGAGGACGAAGUUUUUGCUCUGGAGUACCUAAAGCACCUUAUCGACAUCAACGACAUUACUAAUGCACGAGCUGUUUUCGAAACUACCGUUAGGAAACUUGCUUCGAAUCCAAAGAACGUUGGAAAAGCAAAGCCAAUUUUCGCCUUUCUACACGAGUAUGAAUCUCGGUAUGGGGAUCUGACACAGAUAAACAACUUGGAGUCCCGAAUGAGAGAGUUGUUUCCUGAGGAUCCUACUCUGAAACAGUUUGCCCAUCGAUUCUCAGCUCCUUCUUUCGACCCUACUACCUUCCAGCCGAUCCUAUCACCAAGCCAGCUGAAGCCUAGAACCAUUGCGUCUCCUGAAGAACCGAGUUCUCGGCAUAGCUCACCUUCACGCCAUCCAACCACUAAUACCUAUUCCCCUAAACGAUCCUACCCACUUGACGAAUAUGGAGACGAAUCGAACCGACCACGAAAGUUCAUCCGCGCUGAAUCCCCACUAAAAGGUGCAGCCGGAAGACGCGAGCAGCAGAAACGGCUACAGUCUAACGGCUCUGGCGGUGGGCCGACUGCCGCUAGGGCUAAGCAGCCACAACAGCCACCCCCUUCUGCGGGACCUCUACCAAGAGAUGUUGUGUAUCUUUUGAGCAUUAUCCCCCCUGCGUCCACAUACGAUGCAACCAGAUUCUCGCCUGAGAUGAUGGUAAAUCUUCUCCGCCAAGUUGAGCUGCCUUCUAGUGUAUCGCAGCUCCGGCUCCCACAGCAAACCGGUGCCAGCUCACACCAGUACCACCAGUACGGCGGCUAUCGUCCCGCAUAG